AUGCGGGCUUUUGUGCUGCUGAGCUGUGUCAUCGCACUGGUUCUCUCCGUCUCGAGUGCCGUUGCAGCAUUGACGAAUGCGCAGCGACUAGCUCGUGGCUUGCCAAUUUCGCCUCCCAAGUUUGGUCGUGCUCAGCCAGGUUAUGCAUGGACGCCAAGAGCAGCUGGAGCGAAGCCAUCCCCGUCGCCUGCUUCCCCCAAGAUAUACACUGGUCGGAUCCUUGUCAAGAGCUAUGAUGGCGGACAGUUAGGGUACUUGUAUAACUGGGCCUCAGGAAUUACUCCUCCUAUUGAAAAAUCUGCUGAGCUCAGAAAUGGCGUAAACUUCGUCGGUGACUCGAGCGAGGACCUGCAUGUGUCGUUCACCAAACCUCGGUCUGAAAAAGGGCUUAUCGACAUACAGGCCAUCAACGCCGCAUUUCCUGGACCUUCUUAUAUCGGGUCAACGAGCAACGAUACUCUCGCCCCUGGCUCCUCAACAGCCGUCGGGUUUGGCAACGUCAUUAGAACACCUGUGCAUUCCCCACCCGUCCCUGUGGGCCAGAAUAAUGCGGACGAGUCGGCUAUUUGGACAUUCGAUCCAAAAACUCUUGAACUGAAGGUUCACUACGUGAAUCUCGACGGCCAGAAGGCAGAGACGACUAUCGCUUAUAAGAUUUAUGACAACACUAUAUUCUUUGUCGGUGAUAUCGGCGCCUAUAAUGCCGCUCAAGACGAUCCCGAUUACCAAGUCUCACCUAUUACGUUUUACCUUGAUUCCGGCACAACUACGACCGCGCAAUGAUCCAGAAAUGUUCUCCCUCUUCCCUCUUCCCUUUUGACAUUCCCUUCAUUU